UUAACUUAACUUUUACUUCUUCUUUUAUUUUUGAAAAAGAACUUAACUUUUACUUAACAUAAGGCAAUUUUAUCAGUGAGAUACUUUUGGGGACCAAUAUCUCACAAAUAAGUUUGUUCUUAUCUUUUGUUAAUUACAAAAAUACCACUUAGGAUAAAAACCACAGAUCCAUCAAAAAAAAUAAAGUCAACGAUUAAAGACUCAUGAUAGCGGAUUAGGUGGACGAGCCCACAGGGUACACAUGCUCCUCUGUCAAAUCCUCACUUCCACGCAUUAACAUCUCUCCUAGAUUUUUCUCUCUCUCUCUUUUUCUUUUUAAUUAAAUAAAAACCCAAAAAAACAAAAAAAAAACAGAGGAGCAGAACAGAGCUGAUGCGCUCUACUCAUUACAGCAAAGAUCCACACUUUAUCGAUCGUAUCGUCUUCCUUACAGGAAAUGGAGAACAAACCAAGUGUCCUAACCGAUAGAUACGAGGUAGGACGCUUACUAGGACAAGGCACGUUCGCCAAAGUCUACUACGCUCGAAGCGUCCACACAAACGAGAGCGUAGCCAUCAAAAUGAUCGACAAAGACAAAGUCCUACGCGUCGGUCUAAGCGACCAGAUCAAACGCGAGAUCUCUGUAAUGAGAAUCGCAAAACACCCAAACGUUGUCUCACUCUACGAAGUCAUGGCCACAAAGUCAAGAAUCUACUUUGUCAUUGAGUACUGUAAAGGCGGUGAGCUUUUCAAUAAAGUCUCCAAGGGGAAACUUAGAGAAGACGUUGCUUGGAAGUACUUUCAUCAGCUGAUUAACGCUGUUGAUUUUUGUCAUAGUCGUGGAGUUUAUCAUCGUGAUAUUAAGCCUGAGAAUCUCUUGCUUGAUGAUAAUGAGAAUCUUAAGGUUUCUGAUUUUGGGUUGAGUGCUCUUGCGGAUUGUAAAAGAGGGGAUGGGCUUUUGCAUACCACUUGUGGCACACCUGCUUACGUGGCGCCUGAGGUUAUUAAUAGGAAGGGUUAUGAUGGGACUAAGGCUGAUAUUUGGUCUUGUGGGGUUGUUUUGUUUGUGCUUUUGGCUGGUUACCUCCCUUUUCAUGACUCUAAUUUGAUGGAGAUGUAUAGGAAGAUUGGUAAAGCGGAUUUCAAGUGUCCGAGUUGGUUUGCUCCUGAGGUGAAGAGGCUGUUGUGUAAGAUGCUGGAUCCUAACCAUGAGAGUAGGAUUAGUAUUGCGAGGAUUAAGGAGAGUUCUUGGUUUAGGAAAGGGUUACAUAUGAAGCAGAAGAAGAUGGAGAAGCAGGUUAGGGAGGCUGUUCCUGUUGCUAUGGAAGUUGGAGAAGGUUCAGGUUCUAGUGAGAACGGAGAGAGCAGCGAGCCGUCUCCUCAGCUUGCGUACUUGAACGCUUUUGAUAUUAUCAGCUUGUCUGCAGGGUUUGAUCUUGCGGGGCUUUUUGGGGAUGUUAAUGAGAAGAGAGAGUCUAGAUUUGCGUCUAAGAAACCUGCUGGGGAGAUUAUUUCUAAGCUUGAGGAAGUGGCUAAAGGUUUGAAUCUGAAGAUAAGGAAGCAAGACGCGGGGCUGUUUAAGCUUGAAGGGUCAAAGGAAGGGAGGAAAGGAGCUUUGUCGAUGGAUGCAGAGAUAUUCCAAGUGACGCAGACGUUUCACCUGGUUGAAGUGAAGAAAUGUAAUGGUGAUACCAUGGAGUAUCAGAGGCUAGUGGAGGAGGAUCUUAGGCCUGCGCUGGGAGAUAUUGUCUGGGUUUGGCAAGGUGAUAAGGAGAAUGAGGAGCAGAUAAAGCGUGGUUUGCAAGAUGAACAAGGAGUAGAAACAACGUGUUGAACCAUUGUAACAGGAACAUGAAGAAGAGAAGAAACAUGAUAAAUGAGCAUCAAGAACAGUCACUCUAAGGUGUUACAAACAAAAGCAAGAGGUAAAAAAUACCUGAGGAAUUACAUAACUUGAUUCUUUACAAAUAGCCUGCAAAAUUUGCAGAAAGUUAAUUGUUGUAACAAACUACCUUGUGUUGUUUACUUUGAGCAUCCUAUAUAAAUUUCUUAAGGUUUUGUCCGUACAAUAGCAAGAAUCAGAGAAUGAAUGUGUGUGGGUGUUGUGUAAGAGAAAAUCCUUUUCAAGUGUAUAAAACAAGCAAAUCUUAUAUUGUUUUCCGAACUUCAUGAGAGGAUUUGAGAAGUUGGCUGGCAAGAAACAAGAGACAUAUAUA